CGCACGACAAUGAGGAGCCCAAGCCCAAGCAGGUGAACACUGACGCGCUGCAGGCGGCGAUGGACGAGCGCGCGCAACAACGACAGGAGGCUCAGAGUGAGAGCAAAGAAGAUGACAAUGAAGAGGAAAGAGAAGUGGUGACGCUCUCGAGCUGUGUGGAUCUCAACGACGUGCAGGACGACGAACUCUACUACGUGGGCACGGCAGGAGUGAAGAUUACGGAGCUAGACGGGCUGGGGAGCCUGCCAAACCUUAUGAGGCUCCAUGUCCGCUCUAACCUUCUUCAGUCUAUGGCAAGCGUAGCGUCUCUAGUGCACCUGGAGCACCUGGAGCUAUACGAUAACCAAAUCCAGACGCUCGAAGGUGUGCAGAACCUCGUGAACCUCAAGGUGUUGGACCUGUCGUUCAACGAGAUCCGCGUAAUCCCCGACCUGAACCAUCUCACGAAGCUUGAGGAGCUCUAUGUGGCCAACAACAAGCUCAAGAAGAUCUCAGGUAUUGAAACCUUGACGACACUGAAGAAACUAGAUCUUGGAGCGAAUAGAUUGCGGACAAUUGAGGGUCUGGAUGGCUUGACAGAGCUGAAGGAACUGUGGCUUGGUAAAAACAAGAUCACUACUAUCCAAGGACUGGAGAAACUGGCCAAGCUGAAGAUCAUCAGUGUGCAGAGCAACCGUGUCGUGAAGAUUUCAGGCUUUGCGACCAACUUCGAGUUGGAAGAACUGUACCUCAGUCAUAACGGUAUCGAGAAGAUCGAGAAUGUGGACCACUUGACACACCUGACGACGAUGGAUUUUGCGGGAAACCGUAUCACCAACAUCCCGACAACUCUGGCGGCGCUAACGCAACUGGAGGAUCUGUGGCUGAACGAUAACCAGAUUGCGCAAUAUGCUGACGUGGAACACCUUAUGUCGCUGUCGGGACUACGUACGCUCUACCUGGAGCGUAACCCACUGGCUCAAGACUUUGAAUACCGAAAGAAAUUAGAGGAGCUGCUACCGGAACUCGAUCAGAUUGACGCUACACCGACGACCAAGGCGAGACAAGGACGCAGAUAA